AGGUUUUCGAUUUUUUCAGGGGACUGUCCCGAGUCUCUACCAAGAACUGUUUCUUCCACUACACCGAGCAAUUUCGGGAGUGCCUUUGUCCUAUUUUUAUUUUUUAUUUAUUAUCAUUCUCAUUCUAUGAACAAUACAAUUACCUAAGAAAAACAAUACUAAAAAUUAUCGUGUUUUGUAAUUUUCUAACGUCGCCUCAUUUCAUUUUUUCUUAUUUAAACGUGAAAAAAAACAAUAUUGCCGCGUUAUGUCGUCCGGUGGUUGGGAAAUUGUUGGAAAAAAAAACAAGGAUAAAAACAAUGGAAAAGCCACGAAACUUACGAAGGCCGAGAAAAAAAAUUUCAUUAUGAAUUCACCUAAACUCGAAGAUUUUCUUCCUUUGAAUGAAGUUAAGUCGCUUUAUGAUAGUCUUGAUGGCAAUAAAGAGAACAAGAGACCGUCUAAGGAAAAGGACAAUAAAUCCAAGGAGAAUGAGGAAAAAAAGAAACAACAAAAAUUGAAGCAACAGCAGCAACAACAAGCAGAGAAAAAUAAAAAACAGCAGCAACAGAAAACUAAAGAAAAAUCACCAAAGGAGAAAAGUAGCAACGGGAUAAACGUGGACGAAUUGAACGAAUUAUUGGAGAAUGACAAAUUGAAAUUUCCGGAUGCUCCGUUGAUAUGGUUAAAAGAUAUGGUAUCCUAUUUGGAUGCUAAAAUUCCAGCAGAGAAAGACGAGUUAGGAUUCCUGAAACAACCAGAAACCUAUCCGUUAAGCUUUAUCUCAAAAGCGGUGCGCACGAGUUUAGAAAAAACAAUAAAAGUAGCAGGUGCUGAAAAUGCUCAAUUAUGCUGGGAAGGAACGCUCGCAACGAUGGUGAAAAAUAUUUCAAAUGGAAGUUCCGAUCUCGGUUGUAAAAUAUUUUUACAGUUAUUAGCACAGACCAACCCGGAAAUGACUGCUGCUAAUUUGCCCAAAUUGGCGAGUCUACGAAAUUCUUAUCAAAAUAAAAAAUCCAUUGGAAUGUCCCUGCUCUGGGCUUUUGCGCAGAGUGGGAAAAAGCAUCUAGCCAUCGGUUUAACCGUAUGGCACGAAAUUAUGGCGCCCAUGCUUGAAUCGCGAACUUACGCCUCUUACGUCCUCAAGAUUCUUCGCGAUUUCUUGAGCGCAUCAAAAAAUUCGAACCACCUCACUGCCGAUCGAUUCUUCGAUCUAGUCGACGAUCUGUAUGCCGGAAAAAUUCACCUUCCCGCCCAUCUCGAUAAUGAUGUCACCAGCUGCAUGGAACUGUUAAGGUUACAAAUGGUCAAGAGCGAAUCGAUAAAUCUGCCAAAGAUUUUUGAAACACUCAUGGGAAAAGUAAGUCCAAAAGUAAACUCAAAAUAUAGAGAAGAAAUUAUCAAAUCUCUCGUGGCUUGUGUAACAGCAGAUUCUCGGUGCUUGUCCGUUUGGACAAGCUUGUAUCCAAAGAAUCUUUAUCAAUCUGAUCUUCUGCUCAAACAACUUCUUGCUGAUUGGAACACGUUACGUGCUGGAGUUGAAACUAAGCCCUUCAAAGAGACCUUGGAAACCUUCCGCACAAUGGUCGUUACCUCUAAAAAGGGAAAAGAAGAGAAUCUUGUGCUUUCGUGCUCGAGAACAUCCGAGGCUCUAGUCGAGAAAAUGUCCGCGUCGAAGAAGAAACGGAGCUCUUUCCCAUUUAAAACGGGGAUUAUUGUUCUGCUCGUACUCAUCGGUGCUGUCGUCACAUACGACUGUCAGAAACACGGCUCUUACGAAGCUUCGAGCACUGGAACGUUUUUGAAGAACAGUGGCUUGGCUAAUUAUGGACAUAAUGCAGCGAAAGCGGUAGUCCAUUGCAAGGACACGAGUUUGACUUAUCUGAAGACGAAUUAUCCGGACUAUUAUAAAAUUAGCGCGGAAUUUGGUGAAAAAUAUUCCCGACUCUUUGGCGAUUUGUACCUCAUAACUAAAAAUCUUAUCGUCAAGGCUUCGCUCAAUUUAGCCAAAUUCGUAACUGAGAAAAAACCAUUGGUCACGGAAAAUAUCGAAUAUUAUUUCCCAGGAUUGCUAGACAAUCUGCAUAAAAGAAGUCUCAUCGAGAUCGAACGUGUGAAAACUUAUUCAGCAAUAAUUCAGGAACACGUGACCGUACAAACGAUCGGGUUUGUUCGGUGGUUGGAAACCAAUGUUUUUGUGGGUAACUUGAGUCCACAAAAUAUGCGAGGCUAUGCGACGCAAGCCGUCGAAAAGACGCAGAAUUUAGCAAGUCAGACGUACGAUUGGGUUUACGAAAAAGUCCAGACGCUCUCCAAAGUUCAUUGAUGAAGAAAAAAAAGAACAAAAAAAACAAUUAACAAUUUUCAAAAACUAAUAAAAACGCUAAAAAAACAAUACAAAAUGGCGGAACGACGUUUGAAACGAUCCCGUUAAUUUCAUCGACGUCGACGAAAUAACAUCUUGACAAAUGAAUAAAUGAAUGAAUUUUUUCAUAAAUAUUUAUUUCGAAAAAUGAAUAUUUAUCAAUUUAUUUAUUCACUUAUUUAUUUGUUAUUGUUAUAUUUAUACUUUGGCAUUUAUUUUGUUAAACCGGAUUCGGGUUUUUUUUUUGUUUUUCUAUUGCUGCAACAAUAAUCGAUGGACUAUUUAUUUUUCACACCAACCAUUCACCACGGCCAUUUUUGCACCUGUGAUACUUCGAAAAAAUUCCAGUUUAUCGAGAAACGAAAAUCCAGCCGCCAGAAAUUGAUAAUCAGUUGUAAUCAUGUUUCUUCAAGUCCAUAGAAAUUUCGAUGAAGAUCUUUUCCAUAACAAGCCAUAAAUGAAUAUUUUUCAAUUCACAGGGAGAAAUACUUGCAACAUUUUCUUCCCACAAUACAAAAAAGAAAAUCAAUUUAUGAAUACUCUUACGAAAAGAUGUAAUGAGGAACAUUUGUCCAUGAAAAUUAAUAUUCUGGUUUGUUCUUGCAAACAAAUUCUCGAAUAUAUUUGUUUCUUUUUAUAUAUAUAGAUGAAAAGAUUAUUUCAAUAUUUUUUCCAUACAAGACUCUUUUUUUUUGUAAAAAUGAUAUCAAUACGUUUGUUUUCGGUGUCCAAAAAAUUUAAGCCACGAGAAAAAGCGUCCGCGAAUUUCGUGAUGAGCAGCUCCGAAACCCGCCCCGGACAUAUUAUUUUGUACAUUCUUCGAUGUAUUAUGUUUCGAGGGUUUUAGUAAAUAUUGAUCGAAUUUGAACGACAACCAAAAAAUGUAUAAAUAAAAUGACACAUUUUUUCAUAAAUAA